AUGGUUUUUGCAAUCAAUGAGAUUAAUAACAAUCCCAACCUGCUGCCUAACAUCACACUUGGUUACCGGAUCUACGACAACUGUUUAAGGCUUGGAGUGGCAUUCCGUGGUGCCACAGCUCUGGUUAGUGGGACAGAGGAGACCUUCUCUGACCUCAACUGCAAAGGCCCACCACCAAUUAGCUACUAUGCCACCUGCUCCUGUUUGAGUGACAGGAAAAAGUACCCCUCUUUCUUCAGAACAAUCCCCAGUGAUGCCUUCCAGGUGCGGGCUAUGGUUCAGAUUUUGAGACAUUUUGAAUGGACCUGGGUUGGUCUUCUGUACAGUGAUAAUGACUACGGUAUCUACGCUGCUCAGUCCUUCCAUCAGGAAAUGCAGCGGUUUGGACAUUGUGUUGCUUUUUCUGAAAUACUGCCCCAUGAUAAUAACCCCAGAGAUAUUCAACGUGUAACGGGAGUGAUUCACGCCUCUACAGCUAGAGUGGUGGUUGUUUUUUCUGCUUCAUCUUUACUGAUACCUUUGAUGGACGAAGCUAUGUUGCAGAACAUGACAGGCAGGCAAUGGUUUGCAAGUGAAGCUUGGGCCACUUCACCUGUGUUUCGCACACCACGUUUCCUGCCCUUUCUGGGGGGCACACUGGGCAUUGCCAUCAGACGUGGGGAGAUUGAGGGGCUUCAUGACUUUCUGUUACAUCUUCGUCCCAACAAUGAUCAAAGAAAUAAUAUAGUGAGGAUCUUCUGGGAGAACAUGUUUGGGUGCAGUUUUGAAACUGGGGAUAAAGAGACAGAAGGAGAGCAAGUGAAAAAGGUCUGUACAGGACAGGAGGAUCUGAGUACCACAAACUCACCAUACACUGAUGUUUCAGGGUUGAGAGCAUCUUAUAAUGUGUAUAAAGCAGUUUAUGCCCUGGCACAUGCACUUCAUGACCUGAUGCAGUGUGAAGAUGGCAGAGGACCAUUCAGUGGGAACAGUUGUGCUGACACAAAUCUGAAACCCUGGCAGGUAAGACCCACAGAUAUAGUGCAUAUUUUCUCCAGACAUAUAGAUGAGCUGAAUAUAUAA